CAUCAACGAAAAUCGGGAAAUACUUAUUGAACAUGUCUGGCAAAUUUAAGCCAAAUGAGGGAGACUGGAUUUGUGCAGAAGCUAAAUGUGGGAAUGUAAAUUUUGCGAGGCGGAAUAACUGUAACAAAUGUGGAAAAGAUCGAAAGGAAGGCAUUGUCUACAAGAAAGGAGGAACAGAAAUUGGCAAGAACUUGGCUGAGAAGAGUAAAGGCUUGUUUAGUGCUGAUGACUGGCAAUGCAAAACAUGUGGAAAUGUGAACUGGGCAAGGCGUAUGACUUGUAACAUGUGUAACACACCUAAGUAUGGCAAACAGGAGACGAGAACGGGGUUUGGAGGAGGCUACAUGGAACGUGAGGAGGUCGUUGAGUAUGUGAAGAGAGAGGAAUCUGACGAUGAGUUUGAUGAAUUUGGUCGUAAGAAGAAAAAAGUUCGGAGGAGUUCAGCGGACCAGCCUAAAAGAUCGGAGGAGGGGCCAGGAGGGGACCCUGGCAUCCGACAGGAACAGGAGGAGGAAGCAGAAGAGGAGGAGGAGGAUGGAGGAGACAUUUCAGCCUACAAGCUGGAUUCUGAGGAUGAUGAGGAUGAGGAUGAUCUGGGAGCCUACGACCUUGCUGCAAGUGACGAUGACGAUGAUAAAGAUAAAUCCGACAGUCAUCGUUCUCGCUCUUCCAGUUCAAGUUCAAGGUCCUCGAGCAGCUCGAGCGGCAGUUCAAGGACAUCUAGAUCUAAAUCCAGGUCAAGAUCUAGGUCAAGGUCAACAGAUGGGAAGAAGUCCAAACGAUCGAGGUCCAGGUCAAGUUCAAGCUCUAGUGAUAGCAGUUCCUCAUCUGGGUCAAGGUCACGAUCCCCCAGCAGAAAACGGUCGCGACGGUCCAGGUUUGAAUGUGUAAACUGCUGGCUAGGCCUACAAGCCAGAACAGAAAUAGUGUUUUUGACAAGAUAUUUAAACCUCUCUUAACAAGUUCAAUGUUCUCAUUUGAUAUGUGAGAUCAUAAAUAUUUUUAUUUUUUUUAAAAAUUGAAAACCCCAUUGGAAAGUUUUACUUGUAUGUUUUAUUAACAUCGAAUGACAUUUCAGUCCUGUAUAUUUUUUCUCAAAUACCAUUCUGUAAAACACAAGUUUUAAUCAUUCAGCUUAAUUGACCUUACAAUUUUGAACACUAAAUAGACUACCGGUAGCUACAUUUACAGUAAUUCUAAAAAGACAAGAAACAUUUUACAGUUAUUCUUAAUAGACAAAAAACGUUUGACAGUAAUUUAUCAAACUACGAGGAACAUUAUAAAGUAUAUGUGUCAGUAUUUCAAACAUCACGUGAAACUUGAGAACCUAUAGUUAAGUGAUGACUUUGUUCGUUUCAGAUCCUAACCAGCAGUGCCAGUGUGAAAAGUUUGAGACCAAGUGAAAACCAAACACAUCUGUGCUCAUUGACUUUUCAUCAUAAAUUGCAUUCAAUUCAAAUGUACACAGUUUAGCUAAUUGCUAGUAUUCUUUAUUGGUGAAUAUGUACUUAAUGUUAUAUAGCUAUUUUAAUGUGAAUGUAUGAACUCAUUAAUGUUACUAUUUGCUAUUGCAUGUGUUAAGUUUCUUCAUGAUUGAUCAUUGUUAAGCCUUGUUUUCUUAUGAAGGAUAUUUGCGUUUAACCCACUUGGUAUAUAUAAACCGUAACAUGUUCUUGAUACUAAUUUAUUAAUUUAUCGUAAUGUUACAAAACAAGGGGGACAUCAAUAUCAACAUAUGUGUCAUACAUUCUAUUUUUCGAGUUACAAGAUAUAUUUUGAAACUAAGUCUAGGAUUGGAAAUGUUAAGUCUAGGAUGAUCUGAAAUUAUGAGUUUAAAUUUAAAUUUGAUUUCGGACACUCACUUUUAAUAGUAUUCAACUGAAUUCUCUGAUUUUACGAUGUUUUGUGGUACGCUUGUUGAUAAAUGGACCCCCAUGAGAAUCUCGAUCUCUUUUUCUUCAUAACUGGUACUGGGUAAGUAUUCAGCUGGUCAAUCAAUCUCUUUAGGUUAUUGGAAAUUUCAAAUCAAUAUAUUUUAUUAUACGACACAUUAAGCUUUUUUUUGGCAUACUAUGUCCUUUGGACUAAAUGCAUCGGUGCUGUUGUGUAGUUUUGGCACAGGAAUGAUCUUUGCCUUUUAACACAAAAGCUAUGUCUUACAGGGGUCACAAUAAAUAUUUUUCCACUUUUAACAAGUAGCUGUUUUACACAAAAUAGAAUAUUUAUUUGCUAGAUUUGUAUAUUCACAAAUACUACAAAUAAUUAUAAUCUACUGGUAUUUAGAUAUAUUACUUGGAAAAUUCAAGAUAUUUGCACAAUUAACAAGGGAGUAAGUGGUUAAUUGGAAGAUAUUUUUAUAUUAUUCUUAUUUCUUUUUUUCGCAACCAAAAUGUCAAAAAUCCUGUAUGGUCCAAAAAGAUGUAAAAGGCCGGCCGCUGAUUAACUGAAAUAAAUAUACUGCCAAUUUCAAAACAAAAUUGCUAUCUUAUAUGACAAAAUAUAAAUUCAAACACUAACCAGGGUAAAACACUACGAUUUAAAUGGAAAAGGCUCAGAGUUUGCACAACUAUUUUCUACAGAGAUAAGCUCAAGUUUGAAUAAGCAAAUAUAAUAUUAAAUACAAAGAGUAUAUUUACAUGAGAUGUCAUAUUAAAUUUAUCAAGUUUUUUUAAUAUGUAUUUGAAAAACAAACGAGCUUUGGCAAGUUUUCGUCAAUUUCAGUAAAUGAAGUCUUGUUAUACUCUUGUUACUGGUAGGGUGGUCAGAUUGCAUAUAAUUAUGUGUUUUAAAUCUCAGAUUUAAGAAAGUACUGUUAUCAUGGUGAGAAAUCACGUGACUUAAUGGGGUUCACACAUGAGUCACCACGGGUCACAACUGAUGUUAUUUAGAAUUUAGACAAGUUAAAUGGAAAUUAACCUCACUUUUUUAUUUACAUUGGUUGUGACCCAUGUGAUAACCCCUUUAAGGCCCGUGAUUCCUCACCCUGGUUUUAUUAUUUCCAACAAAUAACCAGUUCGAUUAAGAAUGUUUGCUAUCAAUCCAUUGCCCAUAAAAUAGGCUAUAAAUAAAAUGAGAAUGAAAUGUU